AUGGCUAGCUUAAGUGAAAGACGUGGAACUAAUUGUACCGAUGCUGAAUGGGAUGAAAUUCUGGAGAUGAAAAAUGAUCUCUUACCUUAUAAUAGUAAAAAAUAUCUUGAAGCCAGAAAAUUAAUAACAUAUUGGUCUGAGGUUAAUGGAUUUUAUAAAAGCUAUGCACCUGAAAUUGGUAUUGCUAUCUGUUUCUCUUGUAAUCAAUUAGUAUAUACCGGUAAACGAACUAAAAAUAUUGGAAAUUAUAACCACAUAGGAAUGGAAAAACAUUGGGCCUCUCAUUGUGCUGGAAAUAAAUACUGUGGUGUGAGUUAUGGAGAAUACCAAAAAAUCAUACAAAAAACCAAAUCCGCACGUAAAUACGAUGACAACUAUGCAUUACGUCGCUACGAAUUAUGGACGACAAAUGCAAUUAGAAGGAUCAAACGUGCAAGAGAAGUUGGAAAAAAGAUUAAAGCAUGUAUUAAAAUAAAAAGGAAGGUUGUGGAGUGGAUUUAUCGCCCAGAUGGAUUGACGGCGACUGAACUCGCUUUGCAUUAUGCGUGCUUACAGAAUAUUCGAGCAGAAAUGCAUCAAUGUCAAAAAUAUUUAUGGAUCUCUUCAGAUUUUUGCAAAGAUAUUAACCUUGCUAGCUCUGCUAAUGUAUACUCGGAAAAGCGUGAUUCUAGCUCGAUUCUAGCACAAUCAAUGUUUCAUCCUGAUUACAACCCCAUUAUAGCGAAGCUUCCAAAAAGUCUAGUCAAGAGGGCAUAUCAUAGACUUUUAUAUCACUCUAGGUCUCCUGUUAUCCCAGAACGAAUUUCUGAAAAAUGUGAUCGAAUUGAGAAUUAUUUGUACCAUACAUUAGAGGUAUAUGAGAAAGGAUUAAAUAGGAAGCGUAAAAAACAAAUCCAAAUUAUUGAACCACUUGAAAAUUUAUCACAUAAUAACAAAGCUAGUGUCAAGACAUAUAUAGAUAUGACUAAUCAAGAAACCCAAACCCAGAAUAUUAAUCCGAUCUGCACCUGUAAUCAUGAGGAAGAAAUCAAUCGUCGUGUUAAGAAAGAAUUAGAUAUUUUAUGUCGACGAUUACUUGAAUAUAAUGAAGAAACUUUUGGUAAAUUUAUGCGAGAAAUUAUUAUAGAGCAUGUGGAUCGGAUCAAAGCUAAUAAGAAAUUACGAUGCGAGGUUGAAGAGAAUAGAAUUGCAAGAAGCUGA